AUGUUCGAGGAGGAAGAGGCAGUGGCCAUGGAGUCGCAGACCAUCAAGCACAUAGGGGAGGAUGGAUGCACUGGCAAUACCAUUCCUUUGCCAAACGUAACGAGCGUCAUCUUUGCGAAGGUCAUUGAGUACUGCAGGAAGCAUCGUGAAGAGGACAAGGCUAUUGCUGCUGAUGGCGAGAAUAAUUUCAAGGAGUGGGAUGCCGAGUUCAUGAAGAUCAACCAUAACAUUCUCUAUGACCUAAUAAUGGCAGCAAACUAUCUCGACAUCAAGGGCCGGCUUGACAUGACGUGUCAGACUAUGGCGGACAUGAUCAAGGGGAAGACACCUGAAGAGAUUCACAAGAUGUUCAACAUCAAGAACGAUUUCGCUCUAGAGGAAGAAGAAAAGAUUCAUAGGGAGAACUAG